AGCAUCACACGAAUCCCUCUCUCUCUCACUCAUAUAACAUACCAAAUUCCCUAACCUUGAUGCAUGGCAACCCCAUUCAUCUUCCCCAACCGACCAAUCAAUUCCCCUCCAUUCAAACCUAAACAACCCCUCCACUUCAAUUUCACACCCCAAAAAACCAAACCCUACACCCAAAAGCUCCUUCUCUCACACCUCUCCCUCUCAUCCCCCACUAAAACACUUCACCAAACCAUAUCAUUCCUAUCCGAAAACCAACCGAAAUUUCGGCCCGAAAUCUACGGCGAAAUCCUCCAAGAAUGCGUGUAUCAGAGAGCACUGGAAUUGGGUAGGCAAAUCCAUGGUCAUAUCCAAAAACUCGGUGAUUUGAUAUCAAAGAACGAAUUUUUUAGCACAAAACUCCUCAUUCUUUAUGCUAAAUGCGACAGCAAGGAAGAGACAUUCAAACUGUUUGAAAAAUUAGCCGUGAAAAACGUGUUUUCAUGGUCUGCAAUCAUCGGUUUUCACUGUAGAAAUGGUUUCUAUGAUGAAGCUUUGUUGAGCUUCUCAGAGAUGCAGAAAGAUGGGAUAUUUCCUGAUAAUUUCAUCAUCCCGAAUGCCUUGAAGGCCUGUGCAUCUCUCAGAGAUGAAGUUUCAGGGAAAUUGAUUCAUGGCUACUCUUUGAAGUUGGGGUUUUUCUCUUGUGUAUUUGUCGGCAGCAGCCUGGUGGACAUGUAUGGAAAGCUCGGUCUUUUAGAAGAAGCAGAGCAAGUGUUCGAUACAAUGCCUGAGAGAAAUGUGAUCUCUUGGAACUCAAUCAUGGUGGGUUUUUCUCACAAUGGGGAGAAUCACAGGGUGUUGAUGGCUUUUUAUGAGAUGAUUUCACAAGAUUUUGAACCCACUAGAGUGACCAUAGUGAGCCUCCUUUCUGCCUGUGCUAGUUUGGAAGCAUUUAAAGAAGGAAAACAAGCUCAUGCCAUGGCUGUUAAAAUUGGGUUGCAGUUGGAUAACAUAUUGUGUGGUGGGUUGAUCCAUUUCUACGGAGAAAGUGGGUUCAUGGAUGAUGCACAGCUGGUUUUUGAGAGGUUGGUUUCAAGGGAUAUGGUCGCUUGGAACUUGAUCAUCUCUGGUUAUGUUAAACUUGGGCAUUACCAUUUGGCCCUCCAUUGUUGCAUUGAUUUGCAAAAGCUGGAGGGAAAGAAGCCGGAUUCAGUGACUAUGGUUUCAGUUAUCUCAGCUUGCAGUGGUUUGGGCCAGUUAUGGCUUGGAAGAGCCACCCAUGGCUAUGCUAUUCGCAAUGCUCUGGAAUCCGAUGCCUUUGUGGCUAGUGGGUUAAUAGCCUUGUAUGCUAAAUUUGGGAAAAUAUCAGAAGCGAAAACUGUGUUCGAUUCUAGUUUGCACAGAGAUGUGGUUUUAUGGAACACAAUAAUAGCUGAAUUUGCAGAGUUGGGGUUUAGUGGAGAGGCUCUCAAACUCUUCUAUGAGAUGCAAUUAUCUGGUUUGGUUCCUAAUGUGGUUUCAUGGAACUCCAUGAUCUUGGGUUUCUUCAAAAACAGACAGGUUUCAGAGGCCAUGGACAUGUUCUCUCAGAUGGAGUCGGCAAAUCUAGUGCCCAACUUCAUCACUUGGACCACCAUGGUCUCUGGUUUAGCUCAGAAUGGUUAUGGCCAUGAUGCCAUUGAGUUCUUUAGGCAAAUGCAACUUAAAGGGAUUAAACCCAAUAGUGUAAGCAUAGUGAGUGUGCUUUCAGCUUGCAUCCUUAUGGCAUUGUUAUGUCAUGGGAAAGAGAUUCAUGGAUACGUAAUUCGACAUGAUUGGAGGUCAUCUAUUAUAGUUCAAACCUCUCUAAUAGAUAUGUAUGCAAAAUGCGGGAGCAUAAGCAUGGCCAGAAAGGUAUUUGACUGUGGUGCAGCUAUGGAGUUGCCUCUGUACAAUGCUAUGAUCAAUGGUUAUGCAUUGCAUGGUGAUGGGGUAAGUGCUUUGUCUCUCUUUAAUGUAAUGGAAGUUAGAGAUAUAAGACCCGAUAGCAUCACUUUAACUUCUAUAUUAUCUGCUUGUAACCAUGCUGGCCUUUAUGAAGAGGGCAGAGAUAUUUUCAAAAACAUCUUAGCACUAUAUGAUUUGAUGCCUACAAUGGAACAUUAUGGCUGUAUAGUUAGCCUUUUAGCUCGAAGUGGACUCAUCGAAGAAGCUCUAGAGGUUCUUUCUAAGAUGCCAUUUGAACCAGAUGCUCAGCUCUAUGGGUCCUUGCUUCUUGCUUGCAAAGAGCAUAACCAGAUUGAAUUAGUUGAAAUGGUGUCAAAGAAACUGUUUGAAUUAGAACCAGAUAACCUAGGGAAUUAUGUUUCUCUCUCCAAUAUUUAUGCCAGUGUUGGUAAAUGGGAUGAAGUAGUGAGAUUAAGGAAAUUGAUGAGAGAAAAUAAUUGGAAAAAGAACCCGGGAUGCAGUUGGAUACAUAUAGGAACUGAGCUCCAUCCAUUCAUGGCCGGGGAUCGAUCGCACCCACAAACAAAUGAGAUUGUUCGGGUUUUGUUGAGCUUGGAGACUGUGACGAAGUUCAUGGGCUUCGCAUCUGAAAUUAAUAGCAUUAACCAAAAUUGUUUAUGGCAAGGAAUUCCGUGUUCAUAA